AUGGACCACGCGGAUGGUGCAGCUGGUCCCCAUGCGCUACGGAAUUAUGUGUAUUCCCGAUACUCCCAUGAUCCUGGAAUGGCUGGCCGCUUAUGGGACCUGUGGGACUUUGACCCCAAUUUCCCCGUGGUGGACUGGUGGGCUAUACGGGGCAACCUUGAAAUGUAUGCUGGUUCUGUAUGCUACAUUUUUGACACUUGCUCUGCUGUAUCGUCGAACACUAUUGCUCUUGCGGCACACAACACUUCGUUCACACGAGCCCUUAUCGACACAAUCGUGGAAAUACCACACGAAAAUAGUACACUUGCGACAGUGUAUAGCAAUCUCAUACUGCACGUCAGAUCGAAACAAAUAGCGACUUGUCCGGUCUACAUCAGCAAGCCUGGCACACCAAGUGUCACCAUAGGCAACAUGGACCGUCAUGCUGGGCGUCGUGACUAG